AUGGGCGAUCGGUUAACACAGCUGCAAGACGCAGUUGACCAGCUCGCGCAGCAGUUCGUCGCAUGUUUGCAUUUCGUCCAGAGACGGCACGAUCUCGAGACGCUGGGUCCAAACGACAAAGUUAGAGACAUAAAACAGGAACCUCAUCAGAGGGAAGGUGAGGACAUGAAGCACAGCCAGCGCCCAAUUGUUCAAAUAGAGGUGUUAAUAUCGAACCUCCCCGGGCUAGACAACAGCGAACGAGACCAAGAACGAAAUAUCAAGGACCUCGAGGAGGACCUGAAGGCGGCAGAAGCGCAACGGCAAGAUGCUCUGAAGGAGAGAGAUCAAAUCCUGGCCGAGUUAGACUCUGUUAUCCGCAGCGUCCGGCGGCCAUGA